AUGGAUGGAUGUCCUAGCUCACCAUGCUACACCUGGAACACUAGCAAAACACCCAGCCCUUCAGCCAUCCAGCCCUUCAGCCACCCAGCCCUUCAGCCACCCAGCCCUUCAGCCACCCAGCCACCCAGCCCUUCAGCCCUUCAGCCACCCAGCCCUUCAGCCACCCAGCCCUUCAGCCACCCAUCCACCCAGCCCUUCAGCCCUUCAGCACCCAGCCCUUCAGCCACCCAGCCCUUCAGCCACCCAGCCACCCAGCCCUUCAUCCCUUCAGCCACCCAGCCCUUCAGCCACCCAGCCCUUCAGCCACCCAUCCACCCAGCCCUUCAGCCACCCAGCCCUUCAGCCACCCAGCCCUUCAGCCACCCAGCCACCCAGCCCUUCAGCCCUUCAGCCACCCAGCCCUUCAGCCACCCAGCCCUUCAGCCACCCAUCCACCCAGCCCUUCAGCCCUUCAGCCACCCAGCCCUUCAGCCACCCAGCCCUUCAGCCAACCAGCCCUUCAGCCAACCAGCCCUUCAGCCACCCACCCAGUCAGCCACCCAUCCACCCAUCCACCCAGCCCUUCAGCCACCCAGCCCUGCAGCCACCCAUCCACCCAUCCACCCAGCCCUUCAGCCACCCAGCCCUUCAGCCACCCAUCCACCCAGCCCUUCAGCCACCCAUCCACCCAGCCCUUCAGCCACCCACCCAUACCCAGCCAGCCAGCCAGCCAGGCAGCCAACCACCCGCCCACCCAGUCAGCCACCCAUCCAGUCAACCACCCCCCCCACCCAGUCAGCCACCCACCCAGUCAGCCGCCCACCUAGUCAGCCAGCCUACCCACCCACCCACUCACCCAGCCAGCCAACACAGGGCUCUGGUCAAAAGUAG